AUGGAUGAAGAAGUUGAGGAUCUUACGACAGAAAUAGAGCAAAAUGAAAAUGUAGUAAAUGGAGUAAAGGAACCCAAGGUUGGGAUGAUAAUUGAUUCCAUUGAUGAUGUUGUUGAGUUCUACAGAAAGUAUGCAAAGGAAAAGGGUUUUGGCAUGUCCAUAAGAACCUCAAAAAAAGUAGGAGGUGAGGUGAGAUAUGUGACAGUUGCUUGCAAUCAUUCAGGAAAGCCAAGAACAAGAGGUAUGAAAGUUAAUCAAUUGCACCCACAAACAAAAACAGAUUGCAAAGCUAAGAUCACGACAGUCAUAUUGGCCGAUGGAAAGUGGAAGUUGAGCUCUUUUGUUCUUAAUCAAAACCAUGUUGUAAGUCCAGGGAAAGCUCGAUUUCACAGAUGCCAUAGAGUUCUUAAUGCAAAUGUGAAAAGAAAGCUUUUAGUGUAUGCCAAAGCUGGAGUUAGAGCGAACAAAAGUUACACUAGGGGUUCUUUUUGA